AUGGAUGUAAGUUUAAACAGCAGUCGGGAUGAUUAUGAGCAGCCGUUUCAAUUGAAAGAGAAUAAACUUUUUCGGAAACAAAAAUGCACUUUAGAAUCACUUCCUCUCCUUCAAACUGAACGAGCAAUAAGCUUACUGAAGGAUGAAAUGUUUGAAUACCGAAAACAAGAAAUGAGCGAUGCGCUGUUGAUUUGUGGAAGUGGAAGAAGAGACAUUCGAUUUGGGCGGCAUGAAAUGAAUGGUGGUAUUGCAUUAGAAUCGAAAAUACUGCCUGUCCUCCUGUUCCACCCAUUGUACAAUAAUGACGCAGCAUACUGA